AGCCAUGGAGGUGCUUGUCGACAUUGCUUCCAGACCGUAAUCGAUGCCAAGAUUUUUGAGCUUUUUCAGAUUGCGCUUUUGAAUAGCUAUACGCCUUGCCUUCGUCUUUUCCUCCUGAUCUUUCGUCUUAUCCUUAUUACGCUUCAGAGCAUCUUUUUUAGCCCGUCCCCGCAUAUGUGGCGGAGCUACGUACCUUGGUCCACUCUUCAUAGACUUUGGAAUUUUGUCAGGUGCCAUUACAUGGCAGGUUAGUCUUUUCUCGAACAUCAGAUAUCCAUUCAUCGUUUCUGCAGCGAUUUCUGCCACAUCUUUAUUAUCGAAUCCCACGUAUGCCCAUCCUUUGAAGUUACCCGUCUUUACACUUCGAGCUACACGCACUCGCACAACUUUCCCGAAUUGAGUGAAGUAUUCCCAGAGUUGCUUCUCAAAGAAUCCAUAUGGUAGAUGCUUCAAUUUUACUACAUAAAGAGGUUUCUUUCCUUUCUUUUCAGGCUUUAUAGAAGUCUUUGGUGCUUUGGCAGCUGCUCCAAUGGAAAUAGCUUCUGACAUGAGUAAUCUGGAGUGAAGAGUAGAUCCGCCACCACCUGAUGGUAUCGAUUUUGAAGAAACUGAUGACGAUGCUGAGUUGUGGCCGUAAAAAUGAGAUGAUGAUGCCGAAUGUUGCAUGACUGGAAUCGUCUCGCUUGGAUAAAAGACAGAGAAACCACAAAGAGACUCGAUUUGUAGCCAUCGAUCUUGAGAUUCACGAGUAAGCACUUGUAUUUUGUCCAUACGGGACUUAAGAGCAAAUAUUUUACUGUCAACCUGGUCGCUGGAAGACGACGCUCCGGUCGCUAGUUUAAGUGACGAAAGAACACUGGACGUCUUCCUUUGAAGGCGAUCCACCAAUUCAAUCGCUUCUCGCAUCUCUUUUACACAGUCUUGUUUUUGCUUUUCCAGGAAGGCCAUCUCAACUUCACACGUCUUUCGAAGCAGCGGUUGUAGUGCGAGAGGACAACCACCGAAUCCGUUCUCUUCUAAUCGUCGUUCGGCUGCUUCUAGUUGAACCCGCAGGUUAUCGACUUCUACUUGGCUCACGCCUCCAUCGUUCGUUGAUCGCCUGCUUCGCUCUUCAUGCCACUUCUUCUGUUCAUGAUCAAAUUGAUUUUCCAUAGACUUCAAUUCUUUUAGCUUCUGGGAGAGCUCGGUCACUUGUAGGCGAGCUCGACGCCGUUGUUUAACGUAGAGAAUUAAAACGGAUGUGAGCAAAAGAAGCAAAAGAGCUAGAGCAAUGUCUUUUCCUUUAGAAGAAGGAUCGCGGUGGCCGAACAGGACAACGUCAAGUGCGUUGAGUCGUAACUUUUGACGAUGUACUGAUGACUUUAUUCCAAGAUAGUUUGUCAUAUAUGUCGAAUUGUGCACUGCCAGCCUUGGCAACACUGUUCCAUCUAUCUUGAGCUCCACUAUCCGUUCCGCGUACAUGGGAAGAUUGACCUCAUUCACAAUCCAGUUGAGAACCUGAAGCGUUUGAUAUUCAGAGCAUUUCGAUUAUCAGAACAAUUUUUUAAGAAUAAUCGAAGUACAUUAAUAGUCAACAAAGAACAGUUAUGA